CAGGGGCACCUUUUUUGAAAUCGUGGAGGAGUUGCGGCCGCAUCUGGACAGGAGGUUGACUGUCAUGCGUAGACCUAUCCCAGUGGAGAAACGCCUAGCCAUCACCCUAUGGAGGCUGGCUACCCCUUGCGUCUACAGGACCACAGCAGAGCAGUUCGGGGUAGGCUGCUCUACGGCGGCACAAAUAGUCCUGGAGGUGUGCUUUGCCAUGGAAAUGACCCUCCUAGCUCGUACAGUCAAGAUUGGGAACGUGGCAGAGAUCAUGCAUGUUUUUGGGGAGCUGGGGUUCCCUCAUUGUGUGGGCGCGGUGGAUGGCAGCCAUAUUCCUAUCCAAUCUCCGAUACACCAAGCCUCAGAAAACAUAAACAGGAAGGACGACUACUCCAUGAUUCUGCAGGGGACCUGCGACCACAAGGGGCGGUUCAUCAAUGUGGAAAUAGGAUGGAGCGGCAAGAACCAUGAUGCCUAUGUCUUUGCCAACUCAGGCCUCUGUGAGACGAUGGAUGCAGGUGUCUUCGUGCCUACCCAUCCAACAAUCAGAUUGGCUUCAGCGUGCCCGCCUCCAGGCUGUGUGCCAGGAGGAGCCUGUGAUGGAGCUGCUGUGGCCGUCACUCCAGACCUCGUGCGGUCGUUCAGCCGCUUAGAGGGGACGGUGCGCAGAACAAGAUUUCCAGAGGAUUCCGCGGGAGACAUCCUGCUUCUUGAUGACAUCAUGAAAGCAACCAAAAAACUUCUGUGA